AAAAUGCGAAUACAGUUCCCGUGGUGAUACAGUUGGGGGGGGGGAUUAAAUUUUAAGUCUUGAAAAGAAGUUUCCUACAUACAUCACUAGCUAUGUUUUCUAAUGUGGUGCAACCACAGAGUACCACAAUGAUGUCAGCAGUUGCCUUCUACAAAUAUGACAUUUCAGACACAGGAGGUUUCAUUUGGCCCCAAUUUCUUAAGUUGUGUUUUGACACACAAACGUAGCUGAUCGUUGUCAUUCAGAGAAUUGUAGAGUAGGUUUACUUGUGAAGUUUGAAUUUGAAGUUGAUGCUGACUUUUUUUUUUUGUAAAGAAUGAACUGCAAACCACACCGUAGAUUCAACACGAAUAUAGAGUUGUUUGCUUAUUUGGUGCUCAGUUAAGGUCAAAGGUUUCACUGUUCUUCAGGGCAAAUGGGCUUUAAAAGUUUUUGAUUCAAUUCUUCAGUUUUCAAAAGUACAACAGCAUAUUAAAAUCCCAGGGGCAGAGCUACGGGGGGAAAAGGGGGGCAGCUGCCCCUCCAGCAAAAAGCUUUGCGUUACAAAAUUUGUGUCAAUAUUAAUCUCUUUAUUCAUAAAGAUGUACAAAUCAUUGAUAAAAGUUCCUUUAAGAAUAAUAAUAAUAAAGCAGCCAGAAAUAUGUAUAAAAGACUCUAGCUCCGCCCCUGCCCAAUCCAGUCAUCUUUUGAUGUGUUUUUAAGGUGUUCCUGGUCUCUUAGACUACGGUCUCAAAGUGCCACAUGACCUAAAUGUAAUUUUUACAGUAAAUUCAGCACCGCGAUAUUAGUAAUCAAGAGGUGGCAGUAAAAUUUUUAUACAACGCGUAGGUGGCCACUGAAGUUUUAAGAAAAAGUUUACAUUAUACGACGACCAAAUGGUUUUUCUCUAAAAGUUCACAUCAAUGGGCGCCCUGGCACAUUUUGUGGUUGCCAGGUGAGCAUUACACCAUUGCAAAAUGUGUAUCUAUGACGAAAACAGUUUUACUGGAUAAUGUGUAAAUAUCCAUAAAUUCGUUAGCCUGGGGUUAUAUAGAAGACGCGCCAUUCUGCACGCCUGAUGGCUGCUGUCUACAUCCAUGGCCACGUCAAAAAAAAAAAAAAAGAUCUUGAAGGGUGCCUCCCCAUCCGUUUUUAGCGAAAACAAAAAACAAAAAACUUCCAAAAAGAGUUUACAAUGAUUUGACUACAAAUAAACCCUCAGAAAUGCCGUUGGAAGAAUGCAUUUGAAAUACACAGAAAACAUAAUUUCAUUAGAGUGGGUGUCUAAGUGGCAUUUAACCACUCUUUAUGAAAUUCUGAAAAAGUUAUCACCCCCAAAAAGUCUAGUGAAUUUCCUGAUCUCAACUCUAACCUUUUGCCCCUCAAAUUUUGGGCUGGCAUUUAUAAAGUUCAGCAAAGAGGACCUGUGGUUUUCUGGUACAGUACUGACAUGUGACCGUGUUCACGAGUAGAUAUGAGAGGAAAUCCCACUGCUUUCAGUGCUUUGAGGACAUGUGCUGAACGCUCUAUCAUUUGAUCAAAGUCAAAUGUUUUCAGUUGUAUAUUUAAACCAUGUGACAUGAAAUGUCAAAGCGACUGAACUGCAGUUUUUUUUUCUUUUUUCAUGAUCACGUCUGACAUUAUCCUUAUAUGGCUUGUCGUGAAACCCUUCGAGUAACGCUCACUGAUCGCUGCACAGCCUUCACAAAGGAAAGGACUAAACCAAAAUCCCCAAAGGACGUCAGGCUUUCAGUUUCCAACUAAAUGGUGUCAGGGUGCAGCUGGCUGGGUUUUUCCUCGUGGUGUUCGGGUAUCUCACUUUGAGAGAUUUUUUUAUGUCAACUGCUUCAGCAUUCUGACAGGAAAGAGCCACUUUCCAAUGAAUAAUUAUUGAUUGUUAUUUUCAUGUGUUUUAAUGUAUCAUUUGUGUGAAUAUUCUUGACUUAUUUUGAAUUUUCUGAACAUAUUUAAGAAUGUUUUUAUACUUUGUAUUGCAGCAUUUAAGACUUGUGUUUUCUCUGGGACCUCAUAUAAUAACAUGCUUUAAUAUAUAUAUUUUAAAAAUAAAGUUGAAAACAACAACAUAGACUUAUUCUUUAUUUAUUUUAUUUUUUAUUCUUUUUACUAAAUGAUUAGAGAUAAGCCAGAAAUCAGGAAGUUCAGUUUUUUUAGUUUGGAAAUGAAUAAAGCUUGUGACAGAAACAUAUUUAAAAUAACUUCUGGGAUUUGCAGCCUUCUAACUUUUAAGGAGAGACUUGAAACUGAGGUGUCAGCUUUACGCAAACCCCUGUGCAAAUGAUAGGAAGUGGAACAGCUUUGCGCUCUAGUGUGGUCAGCUUUGGCGCAUGAGCGUCAGUGGUUUCCACGGGUAACCAGACUUGCUCUGUUCCGGGAAGAGAAAGAACUUUAUCCAGACUUUAAAGCCUUCCCGUUUUCCAAAAUCUCUGGAUUACUAUAUUUUCAUUUUGCUGAAGAAAAUAAAACAGAGGGCGAGGAAUCCUCCUGACCAUGACUGCUCUGGUUCGACCUGAAGUCGGCGCUUCGAAGCUUUGUGCUGAUGCAGACGAGCUGCUUGCUGCUGGAGACCUGGAGGGAGCCACCUCCCUGUACAUGUCUGCCUUCACGACCAACGCCUCCACCGCCAUGUCACACAUGAGGAAACUAGACAAGCUGAGCCUGGAGGAGGUCAUCCUCACUCUGGAGGGAUGGCUGGAUGGGAACACUCCGCCUGCUAAGUGUCAUAAUAAAGGCAUUGCAGCUGUUUUCUUGUCCACGCUCAGCCCCAGCAACCUGUCAGCCACCAUUUUUAAAAUGGAAUCUCUUCUUCAGAGCGGUGGGCAUGGAUGUGAGGAGAUAUUUGCUCGCUGCACUGAUCUGCUCGAGGGCAAGCGAAACCCUCCUCCGGAUGGUUCCUGUCGUGUGCUGUUGGAGAUAACUCGAGGUCUGGCCUACUUUCUGUGCAAGCCUCACAGUUCAGAGAGUGUGAGGCUUUACCUCAAAGCUUAUCGUGAUAACAAACUGGAAACUGUAAAGUUAAUGCAGAACAGGCAGUCUGUGCAUCUGCCUAAACUAGUGAAGGCUUUUAAGAAUCAAAUAACCUCCGUGCAUCCUUUUCUGAUGUUUGACCACAACUUAGCAGAGACUAAAAAGCAGAAUGAUGACUUAGAUCCAGAAGAAGUCUCCACACUCAUUGAAUUCUUACUCACACUUUCACAACAUGACACAGACGUACUUGAACUGCAAGCAGCACAUUUGUUCUUGACAAGAAGGUUUUCAGACAGUGCAGAGAUUUAUUCCGCUCUUCUGCAAAGAGCUGAUAAAACCCCUUUAUCCCAAGAGAGAAAAGCCCGACUCUUGACCUGUCGCGCAGCGGCCUGCCUGUCAGCAGGAGGCAAAGCUGCAGAGGACUGCCAAGAUCUGGGUGAAGCAUUCGACGUCCACCCUGCCACCGCUCGAGUCUACUUCCAAAAGCUCUUCACCGAUCACGCCACAGGGAUAGCAGCUCGCAACCAUCUGCGUCAGCAGGCGGAGAGAGGUCUGUCCGACUUCAGAGACAAGGUCUUAACCCGGGAAGACUUUCGAUCCUCAGAAGGAGCUGAGCUCCUGGACCCCGCCAUCACGUCUCUACGAACACUUUGCCAUCUGGAGCCUAAUGGAGGAGGAAGGGAGCUGAGGGUCCGACUGGCUGACUGUCUUCUCCUCAGAGGGGAGCACCGGGAGGCGCUCUCCAUUUGCAGCCAGCUCGCAGCCGCCCCAGGACAGCAGAGCUAUCAGAACACAGUCCAUGUCCUUCGUGGGUACGCCCGUCUUCUGUCUGAUGACCACAGAGGGGCACUAGAGGACUUCCAGGCUGUGAUUGAGCACAGCACUCCUCACCCCUCCAGCUGUGUGAGGGCCCUUUGUGGCAGAGGGCUCCUGCGCAUGAUGGCUGGCUCUAACUACCUCACUGCUCUGGACUACAUGACAGCCACCAGACUCCACCCCCAAGAAACGGCGCUGACAAUCCGCUGCUUGGUGCCGUGGAACUACAGGGGGCUGCUGGUGACGGUUCUUCUAGAGCAGGGACGAGCUGUUCUGGAGGAGGUGGCUCUACACAAGUCCACAUCCAACUUUAGUGACGACCCUCAGCAGCUCCUCCAGGAGGACAAGCAGCAAGCCCCAAAGAGAGACAACAACAGAUCAGGAUCUUCUGCAGGUGUCCAGUCUCUCGCCGCCUUGCUGAUGGAGCUCCAGCCUGGUGGUGUUGGGCCUCACUUACUUGCAGCAGAUGCUUUGUACCAGCUCGGUAGGGUGGAGGAGGCCUACAGGUUACUCCUCUCGAUUGGGACCAUCCCUCCUCGUGGACCCACCCUGGCCCGCCUCGCUCUGCUGCAGCUACACAGGGGCUUUCUUUACGACACCAAUCAGCUGCUGAAAAAGCUGAUCAUGUGCAGCGACACCAGCUGCCUGCGCAGCCUCCUGGCCGUGGCGCAACCAAAAGACCGAGCGCUGCUGCAGGGACACUGCCACUCUGUAGCCAAACGCAUCCUGGACGGCUCACGAGAGGAGGCCGCUCUCAGGGAGGCUGUGACAUACCUGUCCAUGUCCAUCAUGGCAUCUGGUGGUGAAGAAGCAGAGUCCUUGCUAGAAAGAGGAAGGUGUUACGCCCUGCUGGGACAGCGGAAGACGGCCAUAUUCGAUUUCACCGCCAUCUUGAAGAAGCAUCCGAAGCACGUCCAGGCGCUGUGUGGGAGAGGCUUUACUUACCUUAUGCUGGAUCAAGAAAAGGAAUGCAUCCAUGACGUUCUGGAGGCUCUUCAGGUGGACGCGGACUCAGUCGUCACAGACAUCCUGUCAGUCAAGGAGAAGGCGCGGAAGCUGGUCUGUGAUUGGCUCCAUAAAUUCUGUCGCACCAAUCUAUCAGACACCGUGAGGAUUCAUUCCGUUCCGUGCCAUGAAGAGCAUCUUAAAGAGGCUUUUAUUGUUGCCGGAGCUUUGAUGAGGACUGACAGCAGAGACCCCAGAUGGCAUCUUCUUUAUGUGGACAUACUCCUGGCCAAAGGGGAUAUAAAGGCAGCAGGGACGCACUUGUGCCACAUUUUUGGCCAGGAACCAAGAGAUGCGGUGGCCCGGGCCAGGGUGGGCGUGAUGGAAGCCUGGCAGCAGAACUACCACAGGGCAGCUCUCAGAUUCAGCAACCUACUCAAGAAAGAUUCAUCCAGUCUCGACUUCCUGCUGGCCCUGAUCCCAUUUAAUCAGCAAAGAUGCUUAGCAAAGGCAGCAGCACAGGAGGCGAGCAGUCUGUCAUCAGAGGCCCGGUGGGAUCAGGCCGUCCCCCUUCUGAGCGUCGCCAUUCAAGCAGCAGGAAACCAUAAACUACUCUAUCUUCGUCAACGAGCCGCCUGCCUUGCACAGCUGAGCUUACAUGAGCAGGCCGUAGCCGAUCUAGACAGAAUCAUCCAGAAACACGGCGGAUACGACGGUUCUUCUUCAGAGGAUCGAAAACUCUGGGCGUAUGAUCUGUGCAAUCGCGGCAGCAGCCUGUUGCUCUGCUCUAAAGAGGAAGCAGCACUAGAAGACUUCAUCCAAGCCCUGGAUCUGCACAGGGACCAGGCCAUGCAGGCUAUAGCAGCCGGCCCGGGGAGGCGGCGCCUGGCCGAGUGCUUUCUUCGAGGGGCCCUGCAGCACUAUGGGGAGCAGCAGCUCGACAAAGUGUGGACGAUGAUUGAAUGUGGACUCCUCCUUGACAGCCAAAGCACAGAACUUCGUAGACUGAGGACAAAGGUCAAACGAGAAGUAGCGAGCCCUUGUAAUGUAAACUGACGGAGGUGUACGGAGGCUCAAAC